UAGUCGUUCGUGCAGGUGAUGGUGACCGCGGCGGCGCGUCCAACACGUGCGCUUGAGGACACUCAUUUGUGCGGCGCGGUGUAAACACAUACAGUUUAAGGCUUUUAAAAGAAGGAGAAGGAAUCACUUUGGGUGGUCACCGCAGGUCUUUUAUGAAGUCGCUUGAGCAAGGAACCGAAUUAACAGAAAAAAACAAAGCCAUGGCAGAUCAAGAGGUGAUGGAUGUUACCUCAGAUGCCAAUGGUACAUCACCCAAGGUAGAAAGCAAAGAUGGAAGGACUCCAGCUAAGGGAGGAAGAUUUGGGUCCAGGGGAGGACGAGGUGGUCCCAGAGGAAGACUUGCCUUUAGGGGCAGAGCAGAUGCAGAUGAUCAGAGAGAAAAGGACCCUUGUGGUGUGUUCCUGUUCUUCCCUAAUGUCAUCACUGCAGACACAGCUGCAGAAUUGCUGAGAGUUGGAAAAUCUGCCACUGAGAUGAGAUUAGGAAAGAUGUGCUAUAUGAAUUUUGCAACAGAAGAUGAAGCUACAGAGAAGAAAAAAGAAUUAUCAGAAACCGAUUUUGAUGGAGUGAAGCCACAUGUUGACUCUGCCUUUAAGCAACGGGAUUCUAGCAAGCAGAAUUCCAGUGAAGAUGCAGAGGCAGCACCGUCAAAGAAUAAGGAAAGAGAAAAGGAUCCAUGUGGCAUAUUCAUCUUCUUCAAAAACAUCAUCACAGCUAACCCUGCUGCUAAGUUGCUGGUUGUUGGUAAAAGUGCCACGCAGAUUAGAUUUGGGAGGAUGUGUCAUAUGAAUUUUGCAACAAAAAAUGAAGCAGAGGAGAUGAAAAAGCUAUUAUCAGAAAUGGAUUUUGAUGGACUGACACCACAUGUUGAUUCUGCAUAUAAACACCGAACCAGGGAUGCUGGGAAGCCAGAGAAACGGGACCAGGACGAGGAUGUUGAAGUACCUCCAUCCAAAAAGAAUAAAGCCAAGGAAGAAGAAAGGACUAAUGAUGAAGAUGAAAAUAUGAAGGAGGAUAUGGAUGAAGAGGAGGAGGAAGUUAACAAUGAUGCUGGUAAUGAAUAAGAAUAUAAUAUACUGUGCACUAGGAUUUAUUUAUGUCACAGACUUAUAAACUAUAUUUUUUAUUACAGUUACAGGCAGUGUAUUACAACAAACUUUGUACUCUGUCAUUUCAUGCCACGUGAUCCUUCAAAUUGGACCAGAACUUUCAAAAUAAAUUUUUAAAUAAUUUGUUUUAGAUUGUAAUUAAGUGAGUGCCAGCAAAAUAUUAUGGUUUCUGUUCAAAGAAUGUUCUUCAGAUAAGGACUGAACUUUGGUGCAGUUAAAUAUUCUUGAGUGGUCAGUUUGAUUCUCAAGAGGCAUAAGAGACUGUGCUGAAGCAUGUGAGGAUAGUACAAGAAAAUAAAUUUUCAUAGCAAUUAGAUUGUCAUAUUACCGAGGAGAUAUAAUACAUGGCAGGUAAGUAAUUCUAUUUAGCAGCUGCAUAAUCAUACAAGUUUUGUAUGACUUGUAUUACGUUUAGGAUGUUUUACCCUCACCUCAGUUUCGAUGACCUUUACAACAGAAACUCCUUUACAGAUGAUACGUUAACAUUCGUGUCAUAGUUUGUUAGUUAUUACUGGAUAUUUAUGGCAUCUUCAUGGGGUUUAUCUUAUCUCAGUGUUUCUUUUGUGUUGUUGUCAACAGUGCCCAAACCUGGCUAAAAGAUUUUCAUACCUGAGACAUUAGUUGUAUUGGCACCACACAGUGAGAUAAUAUUCACUGAACAAAUUUGUAUGUGUUGGACAAUAACACAGCAGACUAUCUUGAAGAUCUUUGUUAAACGAGACUAAUGUGCUUGGAUGUUCUGUGUUCACACAAGAGGCCUGUAUGGUGGGAAGUAUUGGUUAAAAAUGCACUAUUUCACUUUGCCAUCAUGGAAAAUUUAUGUAUAUCAGUUUUUGCAACCAUUUGAUUUAAAUAUAUCUAGCAUUGCACCAUCUUCAAGAUGGAACCUGUGUCCUCCUCCUCCCCUCCCCUUUCCACUUAUCUUAUGCCCCUUGAAACCCAAUGCCUCCUCUUGCAUCUUCUCCCCAACCCGUAAGUCCCUCCUCCCCUUUUGUUUUAUUACGUUGCCAAGAGACUCCCUGUUGCAAGACCUUUCCCAGUGAGAUGUAUAUAACUUUUGUGAAAUAGAUUUGCAGUUUAUCUGGAACCAAUAUAUAUAUACAUACAUACAACUUUGCUUUGUAAUUCUAGAUUAACUGCUUUAUCAACAUCUAAGGUCAUAAACUUUAUAAGAAAAAAAAAAGAUUAGCAUUUCUGAUUGACCAUUUGAAUACUUUGUACCACUGGAAAGAAACCAGGCCUAUGUAAAAGAUUAUUAACCCAGAAUAUCAUGUUAGUUUUUUAUAUUGUUUAGGUUUAAGCUGGUCUCUACAAUGCCACCAUUGUUCCUGAAAUAAAGAAUCUCUUACAUAAUACUGUGCUUCACUGUCAAAAUAUUCAGUGAGGUAUUUUUCUGGCUCUUGAAUAAUUAAUUUGUGAAAUGGGGUGGUAUCCAUAGUUUAUGAUACUGUAUUUACAUGGAUAUAAUAGGUGCUCUAUGGGUUGGUCACUAGUGUUCUGGAUUUCUUGGCCCACAAGAAAUGGAUUCAGUCUCAUGCCAGGCAAGGUUGGCUGGCAUUAUUCCGCAUGCUUUGCACUGAGCUGGUCACCAGCCAAAUUGGUGGAUUGGACUAAGCUAACCCUUUACACUUUGGGCUGCCACCUCACAGGUUUUGGAAGAUAAUGUAAUUUUUUUUAAUGUAAUAUCCUACUUCAUGUCAUCCUCAUCACUAACUUUUAGGUUCAGUCUUUUUCAGUAUUUCUAAUAUAUUCUAUCUUGUACUAUAUUUAUUAUCACUGCAUAUUUUUCAUAAUUUUUUAAAUUCUUGAUUUACAUGUUACUGUUUUUAACUUAGCAAUGUUGUUUAUAUACAUACUUCAGCCAAAGAAUUUUGGGUGCAUCUAGUGCUACCCUUGUUGAUUACUGGUACGUAAUAUGAAAUGUUGUUUCUGUUCAGUAACUUGGAACAUUAAAUUCAGUAUUAAGUUUCAUUUCAUGAAUAUCUAGAUAAUCAGCAUUACCAUGGUUAUUUAGCAGUAAUAGCCUUUGUUCUAUAUUGGUGGAGGCACACAUCACCAUGUCUAAUUUUUUGUUGAUUCCAUGAAUGCAUCUUUUUCUUUAUUUUUGCAUUAAAUUAUACUCUUUUUUUUUAAGUUAGUGCUGACAGGCAAAUAAUAUGUGACUGGCAUAACGCCAGUUGUGUUCACAUAGUUGACAAAUCUGAAUUUCUAUGAUAUAAAUAUUAAAAAGAAAUACUAUAUG